CCAAACGCUACUGUUAGCUGUCCGUAGCCAUUAAUAGGCAAGAAGAAGAACGCCCAUUUUGCUCAUACUGUCCAGGCAUCGAAGUGGGCUGAAAUAUCAACAGACAGAUAGAAGAGGACAAAGAGCUGCAAUGGACGGAGAUGUCGCGGUUGGUGUGAAGAGAGGCUCAGAUGAGCUCAACAUGUAUGGUAGCAGCCCCAACUCUAUGACCGCGAAUGGCAGUGACAGUAAGAAACAGCGUCUGGAUGAAUCACCUCCCUCCAGAGUUCUCCACAUCAGGAAACUUCCCAAUGAAGUGUCAGAGACUGAAGUCAUUGCUUUGGGGCUGCCCUUUGGAAAGGUCACCAACAUACUGAUGCUCAAGGGGAAAAACCAGGCGUUUCUGGAGUUGGGUACAGAGGAAGCAGCAAUCACGAUGGUGAACUACUACACAGCUGUCACACCACAGGUCAGGAACACACCUGUCUUCAUCCAGUACUCCAACCACAAGGAACUGAAAACAGACUCCGCUCUGAACCAGAGAGCCCAGGCUGUGCUGCAGGCGGUGUCAGCAGUUCAGGAUGGAAGCUCUCCCUCUUCUGACCCAGGAGUUCUGGACCUGGCUCCGCCCCCCAGCCCAGUCCUGCGAAUUAUUAUUGAUAACAUGUUUUAUCCUGUGACGCUGGACGUUCUACAACAGAUCUUCAGCAAGUUUGGAACCGUGAUGAAGAUAAUAACCUUCACCAAGAACAACCAGUUUCAGGCUCUUCUGCAGUUCAGUGACCCUGUCAAUGCUCAGCAGGCUAAACUGUCUUUGGAUGGACAGAACAUCUAUAAUUCAUGCUGUACUCUGCGGAUAGACUUCAGUAAACUGGUCAACCUCAACGUCAAAUACAACAAUGAUAAGAGUCGAGAUUACACCAGACCUGACCUUCCUACUGGAGACGGAGAGGCAACCAACAAGGAUCAUUCUUUACUGGGUACCCCAUCUGGAGCGCUAGCUUCCUACUCUAGUGGAGGAGGUUACUCAUCUUCUCUCUCCCUCUCGCAGGGUGGAGGAGCCAUCAGUCCUCUGAGUGCUGCGGCAGCAGCGGCAGCAGCUGCAGGUCGCGUUGCUCUGUCUGGGUCCGGAGUGUCAGGAGUCCUGUUGGCAUCCAACCUAAAUGAAGAGAUGGUCACGCCUCAAAGUCUCUUUACCCUCUUCGGAGUCUAUGGUGAUGUCCAGAGGGUGAAGAUCCUCUACAACAAAAAGGACAGCGCUCUGAUCCAACUGUCGGAUGGCAACCAGGCCCAGCUGGCUAUGAGCCACUUGAAUGGUCAAAAGGUGUUUGGUAAAGUGAUGAGAGUGACGCUGUCAAAGCACCAAACUGUGGCUUUGCCCAGAGAAGGACUGGACGACCAACUGCUAACUAAAGAUUUCUCUGGGUCUCCGCUCCAUCGCUUUAAGAAGCCUGGAUCCAAGAACUUCCAGAACAUCUUUCCUCCCUCUGCAACACUUCAUCUCUCCAAUAUCCGGGACGGCGUUGGAGAGGAUGAUCUACGCCUCCUGUUCUCGAACAGCGGAGGAAGCGUCAAGGCCUUCAAGUUCUUCCAGGACCGUAAGAUGGCCUUGAUCCAGAUGUCGUCAGUAGAGGAGGCAAUCAAAGCACUGAUGGAUCUUCACAACUAUGACAUGGGAGGGAACCACCAUCUAAAAGUUUCCUUUUCAAAGUCCACCAUCUAACCCUCACCCCCCGACUCCCAAACCUGAAGAUCCACGACGAGCGAGGAAGCCACUACCAUUAUUCUGUCAACCCUCUCUUUUUCUCCCCAAACCUUAAAUUAGGUAGUAACAGUAUCACACAUCAUGUGAUCAAAUGUUAAAAAUCCAAAUUCAACAAAGUAAACCAGUAGAAUCAGUUUGCAAAGUCAAACACCAGCUCAGUGUCUGCAGUGAUGUAGAGGUGUACUCCUGGGUCUGUCAGCACGCCGUGACAUCACUGUCGGGUGUGGUUACAGGUGCUCACCUCUGACCUGCUCUCUCACCUGUCCACAUGACAGUCCCCUCCUACAAAGAGCGAUUUCUUAUUUUAAACCAGCGUCACUCAGACAGUCACUUCCUGCUCUGUGUGGCGGUAUCUCCCAACACUUCUAACCACUUUUCUUCAGCAAUCACGUGACUCCUCUUUCCUUUCCUGUGGUUCGAAGAUGUCUUAUGGACAGUGCAGUUUGUGACACACACACACACACACACAGCCUCGGUGUGCUGAUUCCCUCCUUCAAACCUCAUCGUGUUUGUUUGUGCACUUUGGUGCAUUCACAAAAAAAAAAAACUUGGACUUUUCAUCCAAGCUACAAGCAUUAAGGAGCGGGCUCUGUUCUCUCCUCUCAUCUGCAGUGUAAAUAUAUGUUUUACAUGAUUACCAGCACCCAAUGUUACUAUGUAGGGAUUUUAACAGCCUACAGUAAAACAGCUCGCAGCUUCAAACACGGCGCUGCACUACACACAAUCGACUUCAGUGCCCAGAAACCCUCAAACUGUUUCCAAUUUCAAUGGACAUUUUUUUUUUUUGUGAACAAUCACUGACUGAGGGUGUUCAUCCAUUGGAUCAAGAGCAGGAAGUUGAUCCCAGCUGCUCUGUGGGUGAUGAUAAAAGGCAUUCUGUGAAAUGUGAAUAAUAAUUUGAAGCUAAUGAUUCUUCUUAAGGACAAGUGAGUAAACCCCCCCCCCUCCACCCCCCACCCCCCACCCCCCACCCAGAUUUCCUUUACUUGGAAUGUAUGGACAGUAACACUUUGUAAUAAUACUGAGGAUCCAAAGGUGGCGUCUGUAAUGUUCCUGUUUAAAUCCCGCUGCAUGUCAACGCUUUCUGUUUAGACGAGGUUUCAACAUGUGAUUCUGGUCUUGGUCUCUGAUUUUUGGGGAGGAGACCUGUUGGGACCAAAGUACAUACGCCUUUAGUCUGUGGUCUGGUUUUGCUGUUGACUGUCUUUGAACACUUCAUUUUACAGGUAACGUUUGUUGAUCCUUUUGGUUUUUUUUUUUUUUUAAAUAGAUCUUCCCAGUCUGACAACAUGAGCUUAUUUAUCAGCCAGAUAUGCACAGAGAACUGUGUCAAUGUUUGUCUCCAAAGUGUUUCUUCUUUUUUUUUUAAUUUAAUUUAAUUUUUUCUUUUUUUUUUUUACUCAUCUCGGUUCUUACUUGCAGCUGCAGAGUUUAUUUUUGGAUAGUUCUUCUCUUAGAGGAUUGUUGUAAGUACUUCAGCUCUGUUUUUAUUUUUCAUUUUUUCAUUUUUUUGUCAUAAGAUUUCAGAUUAGCACAAAUUAAACACGUCUUUUCUACCAAGGAGCCCAGGUUAAAUUGUGUGUGUUUGUGUGUGUGUGUGUGUUUGGGCUGGGUUCAGACCUCUGCUCUCACCUGUCUUACCUGUCAACCUGUCAAUAAACUUCUCUCACUCUGUUCAGCUCUGUCUCUCUGCUCUCACUUUUUUUCUCUUCACCUUUCUCUCCUUUAGCUGUUCUGUUCUUUCUACGUUUCCUCUGAGACGAUAUAUAAAACGGACGGUGUGUUCAGACACUGUGUGGACAGGAGCACAUGCUGAUUUAUUAACUGCUCUUUUCUGCUCCUAGGUAUGAUGUCCAGGUUGUUCAGUAUUAAUUGGACUCAUUUUGAAAUAAAUUCAAGUUAGUUUUGUAAAAAUAUAUA